GACAAGAUAAAUCUCAUCGAUUAAUAUCAAUAGUAUUAGCUCCGUUCUCCGAUAACAGGGACUUUCGAAAUGAUUUUUUGAAAAUCACCAUGGCAGCAGUGCCGCAGUGGCAGGUUCUCAGCCACGAUGGACAUCUCUGCUGCCACUUUCGAAUAAAAUUUUAAUUAAGACAAUCAAACUGUACAAAAAAUAAUACGCAAAUCUUUUGAACGGUUGAACAGUCAUUCAUGCUUCUUUUCGGAACGAACGUUUGAGACACCAUUUAUUUACAGUACUGAUCGUCGUAUAUUUUCAACAAAUAAAAUAAAUAGAGCAUCACCAACAAAAUAUUUCAAUAAUGAAUCUUAUUCAUAUCCACAAUAUAAUCCUCAUCGUAAAACUACAACAUAUAUGAUUGAAAGCCAACUAUACACACCAGUACAAUAUUAUUAUUCAUCACCAGUAGUACCACCUGUUACAACGAUAAUAACACCGAGAAUAACAAAUACAAAAACAUUUACAGGUCCAAGAGCUAGUUCAGCUAACUAUGAUCGAUUAUGUACACAUUGUAAUAAAGAAUCUCGAGUGAUAUUAGUAACAUAUUAUGAACGAAAAAAUCUCUUUCCAUAUUUAUGCAUUAAUUGUAAUAAUGAACUUUUGAAUCAUCGUCAAAAACCACUAUCCGAUCAGUCAAAACAUAAUCCCAUAUGGAAACCUUAA